ACAUGGGACAAGAGCCAGACUGCUACAGAUCCAUCCUUCCUGCCACUGCCAGCCAGAUCAGUCAGUAAGGACACCUCUCGUGUGUGAGUUCUGCCACAGGAAUUCUGAGACCCUUACUACACACCUCCGAAGGGGCUGCAUACAAUGGGCCACGGACACAACAAUCCGGGAAAUAUCUAGAAAAGCCCGUAGCAGCAUGAUAUCAUUCCUGAGCAAUGGGAGAAUUCUAAACUAUGAAGAUCUAGAACAGUUACAGGGAGCUGACAGCAUCGCCGUAUAUCUAGAAGCAAGAGGCCACUUUGUGAAAAAUAAGCCUGUGCUAACUUCAGGAUCUGCAUCGGCGGCCACACAAAUAGAAGCGGCGGAAUCAGCAGCAGGCGCUUGGGGCUCCAGAGUUGAAGGCCAGGCAAAUCUGGGAGAAGGACGAGAAAGCCAAGCGACGGCUGUGGGCAGUGAUGCUGAGCAAGAUCCACACUCGCAUUCACCCAUGAGGAAGAGAAAGAAAAGAACCAGGCCCCAGUGGACGGUGGAAAUACGGAAGAGGAUGCAGGAUGCGGGGAUGUAUGCUAAGCACUCUAAGCGUACCCCACUGCUCCAAAACUUCAAGAGACAUUUGAAGGACACAUUAGAUGUAAGAAACUGUAAGCAAGAGGUGGAAAAUGUUUCCCGCUACCUAUAUUUCAUGGAUCCCCAGGAAGCGUGCAUGGAUUUUGUGAAGGAUAUUGUCAAAACCAAUAUGUUUUUCACAAAACUGAAGAACAUCGGGCUGAAGAGCCAAACGCUGUGCGGUUAUUUAAAGAAUAUAAGAAGGUUUGUAUACUACCACACUACGGCCACCAACAUGGGAGUGGAGGAACCACACUUAUAUCAUGCCUGCAUCCGCUUUCUUGGAGCUAUCCGAGUAAUCCAGAAGAACUUGAGUAAGAGCGUCUCAAGGGAAUCCAUCGCCAAGAGGUACCAAACACUGAUAACGCCGUCACUGAAACCAGAAGAAUGCCGUCUUCUGCUGGUCGCUGCAAAAGAAGAUUUCCUGGAGAGCGUUGAGUAUGCUAGUGUUGGUGUCCAGCUCUCCAUCAAAGACAAGCUCUGUAUUCUCUAUUACCUGGAAGCCUUGCUAAUCUUAAGACAUCUUCAGAGACCAGGGGUGGUCAAGAAUAUGACCUGGUUCAGCACCUAUUUCAGUGUUGUGAGGCCUUCCCUGAUACAUGAGGAGUCCCAAAAAGAAGAAUUCUUCAUUUCUACAUCAGGAAACAGGAUAUAUAACGUUUCCAAUGAUCUCAGGAGAUUUCACACCAAAUAUAACUUACGGAACAUAACAAGCCAAAUGGUGCGGAGGGCGUGUGAGACCUGGACGGUGGCAGAAUACUCCGACAGAGAGAAGUCCCUCUGUGCCAAAUAUCUGUCACACACAAGCCUGACGGCAGACCGAGAGUACAGGGAGAAGACCCUGAGGAAUAUCUGCCUCGCUUCUCUGCUGGUCACUCAGAUUGGACUGACGAGGGAACCUUAAAUCAGUUCAUACUCAGUGAUUUUGCUGCUGUUUAUCUCGGUGAUUUCUCCACUGUUUAUGAAGCCUUAUAGAGUUUAUAUAAUUCACCGUUCACCCAGUCUCAGGCACUUGUACAAUUGUUCUGUUUCCAAACAUGCCAGGAUCCCCCGACAAUCCUUCCGGAGAUUUCCGAAAGCAGCAGUGCACGAGUUCCCAUUGACCGUAGGUGGACGUCUACCAAAGCAGAGUGCCUGCAAGCGCUUAUCGCCCGUUUAUUGGCGCCAGUGCGUUAAAGAGUGGACAGACUGCCAGGGUGAAAGGAGAUCAAAACGUGUCACCAGUAAAUACAGCAGUGAAAGGAUAAUGGCCCUCAUUCCGAGUUGUUCGCUCGCUAGCUGCUUUUAGCAGCCGUGCAAACACUAAGCCGCCGUCCUCUGGGAGUGUAUCUUAGCUUAGCAGAAGUGCGAACGAAAGGAUCGCAGAGCGGCUACAAAAUAAUUUUGUGCAGCUUCAGAGUAGCUGCAGACCUACUCCUAGCUUGCGAUCACUUCAGACUAUUUAGUUCCUGUUUUGACGUCACGAACGCGCCCUGCGUUCGGCCAGCCACGCCUGCAUUUCCCCAACCACGCCUGCGUUUUUAUCUGGCACGCCUGCGUUUUUUCACUCACUCCCUGAAUACGGUCAGUUGACACCCAGAAACACCCACUUCCUGUCAAUCACUCUGCAGUCAGCAGUGCGACUGAAAAGCGUCGCUAGAUCUUGUGUUAAACUACAUUGGCUGUUGUGAAAUUACAUCGCGCCUGCGCAUUGCGCCGCUUACGUAUGCGCAGAAGUGCCUUUUUUUUGCCUAAUCGCUGCGAACGAAUGCAGCUAGUGAUCAGCUCGGAAUGACCACCAAUGUCAGAUUUGUAGAUAAUCUCCCUUAUCCCCCCUCCACCACCGCACCCGUAUUUCUUGCACAGCAGGCCCACACAAUCUCUCUGCUCUCAUAAGAACCUUACCAGAACUUUGUGGGUCCCAUAGCAAAAUAUUGAAGUGCCCCCUGCCCCAAUGCUUCUUGAGAGACACCUAUCCACUGCAGUUAUUAAUAUUAUGACCCUUAUAACCCCAGUUAAUAUUAUGACCCAUAGAAGUGCCCCAGUUAAUAUUAUGCCCCAUAGUAGUGCCCCAGUUAAUAUUAUGCCCCAUAGUAGUGCCCCAGUUAAUAUUAUGCCCCAUAGUAGUUCCCCAGUUAAUAUUAUGCCCCAUAGUAGUGCCCCAGUUAAUAUUAUGCCCCAUAGUAGUGCCCCACUUAAUAUUAUGCCCCAUAGUGGUGCCCCAGUUCAUUUUAUGAACCAUCGUAGUUCAUAGUUUACAUGAUGUCACGUUGUAGGGCUGCCACAUUAUGUCACACAUUAUGCCACACAGUAUCCCCAAUUCACAUUACGCCACACAGUGUCCCCAGUUCAUAUUAUUAUGCCACGUUACAGUGCCCCCUGUUCAUACUGUGCCACAUUAGAGUGCCCUCCAGUUCAAAUGAUGCCACAUUACAGUGCCCCCUCAUACACUCCUCUCACUGAAAAUGUAAUGUCACACAUCUCGGGCUGGGCAAUGGAUCAGACCCAAUUGCUUAGCAGGCAAAAAUGGGAAAUUGGUAUCCAACUUUAGAACCUGGGUCCAGGCCCCCCUAAGACUCUGAGCCCCAUAGAAAUGGCACCCCUUGCACCCACUAUAGUUACGCCCAUGGCCCUGACUGUUUUACCUAACAUUCUAAUCUGCCAAAUAUCUGUUGUUACUCCUGCACCAUUUUCUAACCCAUUAUGGCUUACAUAGAGCACUUACAAAAGCUGACAAAAUUAAUCAAUAUUCAAACAUUCCUCUGCAAAUUGAACAGGUAACUAUAAUAACAGCCAAUGUGACCCCGUAACCGAUUGUUUGAAAAAGUCCCUAUGAUCCAUAUAUAGUUCCAUAAUCGUAGCUGUUAAACCUCAAUUGUCCAUGCCAGUGGCAGAGCCAGGGGGAGAAGAUCAGGGUGAUCACCCCCUCCCCUAUCUGUAACACCUCUCCUACCCACUACCGGUGGUUGCAGCACAAUGAUGCAUCAAGGUAGCGAGAGGAGACUGCUGCUGCUCAGUGGCAGCUGCUUCCCUCCCCAGCCCAGAACAUCACACGCUGCUGUGUGCUGGGCAAGGUUAGGUCUAUGGAGGCUGAGUCUCUACCAACAUCUCUCCCUGCCUGAUGUGCCAUUGGGCUGCUAUAUAGCAGCAAGCAUUAGUGGGCAGAUAGGCAUUCCUGGGUGGUUACAUGGGGAUGGAUUUCAUGGGUGGCAUAUCCUGGUAGUGCCAGUGCUAGAGAGUGCAUCGGAAGAUACAGUUGAUGUCCAAGUACUGUUGGACUCUGAGCAACCAUGGGAUUGUUCUUAUGCCUGACGGUGCGGUUGAUGUAAAGCAGCUGAGCAAAUACCUUAAGAGGAAGAGUUGGAGCUGCAGCAGGCCUGACGUUCCAGCUUCUUCUACAGUCGUGGAGGCCAAGACCGGCGAAGCAGUGGAGAAAUCGCCAUUCCCUGCAGUGAAAUAUCCAUCUGCAGACAUGGAAAGGGCUGCGAAUUACGAGCAGUGAUGCAAAUAGGGCUCAUAAAGUGACUGCCAGGAGACCCUUCCCAAAAGGAGAACUUAUAUGUAACUUCCACGGGGACCUCCUGGUAGCCAAUUAUGGGAGAGAAAUUCAGCCGAUCACCCAGAAAGACCUAUUAUAUAAAGUAUAGUAGAAAGGAAUAGUGCAAUAACCCAUCCUGCUCCUGCCACAAAGGCAUGCCCACCAUAGCUAGCAAUACGAGUCGGCCUAGGAAACACUUUACUAUAAGCUCGGUCUCUACACCAAACAUAUUGACGUUCUUAUGGUGGCCACAGAAGAUAUUCCAGCCAAGCAGGAACUUAGGCUUAGUAAAUAAAUACUGCAUUGGGCAUUGCCCAUCUGCCCAGCCGUUUUUGUGUUGUUGAAGGUUUUCUUGUUAUGCCAUGUGCCUUUGUGGUUGUCUUUCUGUUUCUCUGGAAAUAAAACCUUUUUGUUUUUUGUUA